AUGUCCGCACAGUCAGUUCUCAUCUCCCCUGGGCCCCUCCACGCUCUUCAGUUGUAUUGUAUUGCAUUGUGCUGUGUCGUCAGACACCAUUGCGGCGUGGCUAACUCGAGCUUCUGGACCGGGCAGCUCGCAGGAGCCGUUGCAGAGGCAGUCGGGCUCCAAGGCAAGGGAUGUAUGGUGUAUCUUGACCCCAUCAUGUGGAAGUACACAGCCAGCCAUGCUUCGCACCAGCAGCGCCAGCAGUCUGCCAUCUCUCCGGACAAGUUGACCUUCAAGGUGGUCGAUGUGGCCGGCCAUCGCCUCUACGCCGUGCUAUUCGAGCCCGAGCACAUCAAGGCGCUGAUGCUGAGCUGGGGCACUCCGGGGAUAGGACUCUCCAUCAGAGGGGCCGAGCAACUCUUGGGCGGCAUUGACACCUUGACCGAGGUGCCCUUUGAGAGUCCAGACGCUCCUCCGACGCCGACUUGGACGCCAGAGGCGCCCUCGCACGAGCUGCUGAGACGGCGCGUCGUGGAGCUGGUCCAACACGGCGCCAUCGACGCGCAAAAGACCACGUGCCAGCCCAAGGACGUCUUCCUCUACCCCAGCGGCAUGGGCGCCGUCUUCACGGCCAAGAACCUGCUGCAGGACUAUCGCCCUGGCUUCGUCAACGUCGAGCUGGGCAUCGUAUUCCACAACACGCACGACCUCCUGCGCGAGGAAAGCCCGGGGGGCUGGAAGCAUCUCCGCAAAGUCGACCAGGAGGGACUGGACGCCCUGGAGACAUGGCUCGAGGGCCAAAGGAGCCAGGGCAGCGGCGCGACAUUUGUGUUUGUUGAGUAUCCGGGCAAUCCAACCCUUGACACGCCCGACUUGCCGCGUCUGAAGCAACUUGUAAGUUACCCCCUCCCUCCGCGGGUCGCUCUUGCCCUUGCGGCCCGCUCUUGCCUUUGCGGCCAAACAAUCUCUGUGCUCACGCUCUCGCUUCUCCUCUUCGUCCAGUCCGAAAAGUACGGCUUUGUCUUGAUCGUUGAUGACACCCUCGGCUCCUUUGCCAACGUCGACGUCCUCGCUCAGGGCGAUCUGCUGCUCACCUCUCUCACCAAGUCCUUCAGCGGCAGGUCGGACGUGCUUGGCGGCUCUAUCGUGCUCAACCCUCUCUCACCCCACUACGCUGAGUUAUCCAGGCGAUUCACCGAGGCUCACCGCAAUCAGCUCUUCGCCGCGGACGCCGAGGUGCUCCUGUCCAACUCGCAGGACUACUUUGAGCGGACGGCGCGUCUCAACGAAAACGCGCGCACCAUGGCCGAGUUCCUCCACCAAAGCAUCGGUCAGCCCGACUCGCCCGUCGUCAACGUCCAGUAUCCGAGCUUACUCCCAACCAAGGCCAACUACGACGCCUUCAUGCGCCGUAGUACGCCGGAGCUCCCGACCCCAGGGUACGGAUGUCUCUUGACAGUCGAGUUUGACAGCGUCGAGACGGCCAGGGCGUUCUACGAUCGCUGUGGCUUCUACCCUUCUCCCCAUCUCGGCGGCCACGUCACAAUCAUGCUUGCGUACAAUAUGUUCAUGUUUGGCAAGGACAGGGACGAGGCGGCGGUGUUGCGGCCAUGCGGCAUCAAGGAGGAGAGCGUUCGGAUAUCGGCAGGCUUGGAAGACGCCCAAGACUUGUUGGAUACGCUCCAGGAUGCUCUCAAUGCAGCAGUUGAGGCGAAGAGGGGAAGCAAGACUCUGUAG